AUGUCAGGUUCUACAGGAGAACGUCCUUUUAGUGACAUCGUUACAAGUAUUCGUUACUGGGUAAUUCACAGUGUUACAAUCCCAUCUUUAUUUAUUGCAGGAUGGCUUUUCGUAAGUACUGGUUUAGCGUAUGAUGUAUUCGGAACACCGCGUCCAAAUGAAUACUUCACAGAGGAACGCCAAGUGCUUCCUUUAAUUUCUGAUCGUUACGGUGUACUUGCACAACUUGAUGAAUUUGUACCAGAAUAA